GAAGCUUUCAGAAGAUAUGCUGCAGAGGGUCUGUAAGGGCGGCUCAUUGUCUAUAACGAUGAACAUAAUAAUUGCUCUUCUGUGUAUUCUGACAAAUCAGGUCAUAAGCCAAACCGAAGAUAUUUUUCCUGCAAGGAUCCUGGCCCAGCAGACAAUUAUAAGUGAAAACAGUGAACUUUAUGUAACAUGCAGCACAUUUGGAAAAAAGAAAGACUCCAAGGUUUAUGUUUAUUUGUUAAUAAAUGGGCGCAGAAUCCAGACUGAGCCCCAGAAGCAAGAUCAAAAUGACAUCCUGUUCAAGAUAUUCAGAGCUGGUCUUCAUCACAGUGGAAAUUACAGCUGUGUUUAUUCCCCCCAAAAUUAUACACUUUCUGAAGUAGUCAAGGAAGGAGACAACAUCAUUGAGAUUCUGGUCAUAGCCAAUUUUCUCCCAGCAGAUAUUUCAAUAGUUGGGCCAUCCACUGUUCACGAGGGACAUCAUGUUGAAUUCCAGUGCACAGUGUCUCAACACCUACAUACACUUGGUGGAUGUGAACUUAUCUACGCUUACCUGAGGAAGAACGACACGAUUCUCCAAGUGCAAGUCUUUAAUGUGUCUCAGAUGCUGGCAACUUUCAUCAUUGAUGGUGCAGUUUUGAGGGAUUCAGGUCCUUACAGCUGCAUAGUGUUGCCAUCUAAAUGCUUCUAUAAGCACGAGUACACAGUUCAUGGAACAAACAAUUUAUUUCUUGAGGUCAAAGUGGAUUUGGUGUCUACAGUGUUACUCCAUGGUGGAGUAAUAACCUUGAUGCUGUCACUAGGGGCGUGUCUUUGGUGGAUUUCAAACAAACUAGUUCGCUCAACUUCUUGUGGACCACGUGCAACGACUCAGCAGGCAAAUUCAGACAUGUUGGAGGAACAGCAGGAGCAGGAAGAGUGGGAAGACGAAAAAGAAGACUCUUUCAGCACAGAUUAUGAUGACGCGUGUCCGAACAAUCUGGCAGCUGAGGUUUCAUUGCCUUCUGAAAAUUUUGAAGACGCGUACACUGUUGUAGAUGAUGUGCCUGCAGAUUCAAAGCCAGCAUGCCUAUAUAGUUCAUCGAUCAAACAUAAAAAGAAAGGCAACAGAGUUCCCACCCCGAGUUCCUCUUCAGUCUGUGUUUCAGCUAAUUAAUGACUGCAGGCAAUGAUCAUGUUCAGAAUAAGUGGCAAUGUUUUCUGAAAGUAUAGUGGCUGUGAAGCAUCGACAUUCACAGAUGUUUAUGAGCAACACAGCUGAAGAAAGACUUGCUCCAACGUGCUGUUUCUUGUUUCUUCAUAAAACAUUUUGAUUAAAGGCAUGGAUGUACUAACUUUAUAAAAUAGUCUGCAUUUUGCUUUCACUCUAGAGCAUGCAGACAUUAAUGUUUUAUAUUUUUCUUUUCUUUUUGUAACCACUUAUUUCCAUCAAUCCAUCAUAAAAAUGCAUAUAAUACAACAAAAAAUAGACUUUUUUUCAAAUAUUCACUGUGUAUAGCUUUCAAAGUUAUAAUUAUUAUGUUUUUAUUGUGGUAAUUAAAUGUAUUUGUAUUCAAUAAAUUGUUUCUAAUCCA